CCUCCACUGCACUUUGUUAUUGUUUUCAUGUGUUCUGCAAAAACAAACAGAUGAUGUGAAGAAAUAAGACGUUACAGAGUCACUUUGGUAUGAACCAUCGGGCAGCUUCAGCCUGAUUGGUAUCAGAAAGGUACUAGUACAUCAUGGCAGAUGCAAGGAAAAAGUGGUCCUGUGAAUACUGUACGUACCAGAACUUUGAAGCUGCUAUAAAAUGUACACUCUGCCAUGCUUCACGAGGAUCUCCACUUAUUAUUACUGACCUUCACAAUGAAGAACAGGACAUUUAUAAAAUGGCUGUCAAAUCAGGAAACAAUAGGGAAAACAGUGUAGUUAUUUGCUCGUCAAAACUAAAUAAGUGGAACUGUCGUACAUGUACAUAUUUGAAUUGGCCAAAGGCUGUAAGAUGUGUUCAGUGCUAUACCCCGAAAAACAAGAAGUCUUCCCCUCCUAGUGCCUCUCCUACUCAUGAAAAGGUCCCAUCUGGUCCCUUGUCAGGGGAGGCAAUCACACCAAGAAAGACACCUCCACAUCGAGAUAUACCGUCAUCACCAAAGGCAGCUAAUAAAACAUCUAACAAUGAUAUUAAUAGGCAAAAAACUUAUGCAAGAGUAAAAUGGAUAUGUAAAAGUUGUACUUACGAGAACUGGCCAAGGAGUUUCAAGUGUUGUAUUUGUGGAACUAGUAAAGGAAGAACUUCUCCAGAAAUUACAAAUACUAUACUGUCUUGUGAAAACAGUCCAACUUCUGGAUCACCUACUGGUUCGGGUUGUGCAUCAGGUGUUCAAAGCAGUUUAUCUGAUACCAGUUUGGCCACUGCUGUAAAUAACCAAGAGGACAAUAAAUCAAUGGAGCGUAAACUCAAACAAAUUAAAAAGCGAAUGCGAGAGAAAGAUUGGUUAUGGUUGAAUGCCUGUGUUGGAGUUGUUGAAGGUGAAGCUCAAGCUGUGGAAGCUUAUAUUGCCUCUGGUGGGGACCCUUAUAGACAAUUAAGCCAGGAUGAAGCCGCUAUCCUGAAUCGCCCGAGCGCCUUCCAACCUGGAUAUACAUUAGUACAUUUAGGUAUAAGAUUCAAACGAGAAGAUAUGUUAGCUGUGUUAUUAACCAGUACAGAAUCAGCUACUAAUUGUAAAAAACGACUGCCAUCACACAUAAGUCCUGAUCUUGCAGCAGAUAUCCGUCGUUUGAUAUCAGCAUCACUUAGACAGAGAAAAGGGGAAUUCCCUUGUCAGAUUAUGUCAGAAAGUGUUACAUUUUCUUUACCCACUGGCAUUAACAACUUACCUAGCCCUGUGCAGACUCAGUUGUUUGAUGAAGUCUUGGAUAAUGAUGUUCAAAAAGAAUUGGAAGAAGAUUUAGUGAUAAACUGGAGUAAAGAAUUAACAGAAAGGCUUGGCAGUAGGUUAUACGCCCUGUGGAAUAGAACUGCUGGUGAUUGUCUAUUAGACUCAGUUCUCCAAGCCACAUGGGGGAUAUUCGACACAGAUAAUACACUCAGGAAUGCUUUAUCAGAAAGUCUCAGUGAUGCUGCUAUGAUGUUCUACCCACGUUGGAAGGAGUAUGAAUCAUAUCAGGCAGAAAUGUUACAGUUCAGUCUGGAUGAAGCACAGUGGCAGAAUGAUUGGGCGUUACUUCUUAGUAUUGCUAGCCAACCAGGUGCAGCUUUAGAACAGACCCAUAUUUUCUGUUUAUCCCAUAUCCUAAGACGUCCAAUAAUUGUGUAUGGUAUUAAGUAUGUUAAAAGUUUUAGAGGAGAAACUCUGGGAUUUGCUCGUUUUCAGGGAAUUUAUUUGCCAUUACUGUGGGAGAAAAGUUUUUGUUGGAAAUCUCCAAUAGCUUUGGCUUAUACUAGAGGACAUUUUUCAUCCUUGGUAACCACGGAAAUGGUAAAAGAGGAUUUGAUUGGUGCUGGUGCUAAUGUUGAUAACAAUGAUGAUGAAUCUGUUGCCUACUUACCAGUUGUAGAUUAUGAAGGGAAAUUAUUACCUGUUCCAUUUCUCAAACAGUCUGAGAUUGGUCGAGAGGAGAGUAUUCUUCAUGAAUGGUUAGAUAUCUGUGUAACAAAGGCUGGACAUACAGUUGCUUUGCAGAAGUUAGGACAAUGUCCACUAGUGGUCAAACAGAUGGUUGAAGAAUGGCUUGACCAUUACAGACAUAUUUCUCAUCAAAUUAUACCACAGCCAGGAUCAUUGUCAUCUCAGACAUUUUCCAGUGAUGGAGAAAGUGACCAAGAAUAAUGAACAAUUGACUGUAUAAUUUUAUCUUAAGUCAGUGUAUGUUUCUAAUGCUAAGUCCUAUUCUGUAGCAAUGACCAGCAUUGUUGAAGCAAAAUUUUAGGAUAAAAUGAAAUUGUAAACUCCUUUCUUCCUACAAAGGACUUUCAAUAUUAAACAGCUUUAUUUGAAUUAUUACUAACAGGAGUAGUUGAAGGAGGGCCUUACCCACUGCAUACACUACCUUAAAUUUGUGCAUAAGUAAAAUUUUACCAUUAUCUAAGCUAAUUCAAACCAAAAUGUUGACUUUGUAUUAGCAUUACACUUCCCAAUCCAGAAUCCACUACCAGCUCCUGUUCAGAUAGUGAAAGAAAACCACGAAGUACUAGAUUUUAUAUCAAUAUUUAUUAACAGAAUACUAGCAUUGUAUAAAAAACUAAAAAGUUAGACUCAGGCAGACUCAGGCAGUCCAAGGUGCUGAAAAUUUUGACAAAGGAAAAUGCUAGAGCAGUUUUGCCCAUAAUUUCCUUUUGAAAAGGACUUAAAAAAAAUGAACAUUAAAAUUUUAUUAAUAUUCGCUGAAAACAGGGUUGCUUAUUUACAUUAUUUUUGCUAUAAUAUACAGAAAAUGAAUAAUAAGAGACAUGUACAAUGUAGCAAGUGUGUCAAAUUUUAAAGAAAGAUAGUAUAUAUGAAUAGUGCUAGGAAUUGUAUUAGAAUAUAAUAAAACCUUUAAUUGAGUAUAAAGAAUUGUAAAAAAUUAUGUAUGUGUACAUGUUUUUAAGUUUUGAGUGACUUCAGUGUUUUUUUCAAUUUACAAAACAUUUUUCUGAAAUUUUCUGCAAAUAUUUGUUAAGUAUUGAAUGAAAAUAUUUUCAGUAAGUUUAGCACUUAUUUUUAGAACAAUUAUGAAACUAUUCUGGAGUUUAACAACUUUUUUCACAUGUAGAUUAGUGUGACUCCAACAUUGAAAAUUUCUGAAGACUUUAGUAUGAAAUCCAAAUUAUUUCUUAGUGAUCUCAAGUUAUUUACAAUGAGAAGCUGUAGCCUGAUGGAAAUUGUGUCUGACGUUAGAAAUUGUUUUCUUAUAUCAAAUUGAGUCAAGACAUUUGUCCAAUUUCUGUUUUUAUAACUAAUAUACACACACAGAUAUUAUAAAAACCUAAAGAUAUUUAGAGAAAUCUUGUACAAUCAAUGAACCCAUGUGCUGGAUUUUCAUAAGUUCUGGAAAACAUAAUUUUCUUUAGUGUUUGCCAAAUUUUUGGAAGAAUGACGCUUUACUUAAUUUGAAAUACACAGACUAUUACACAUUAUUUAGUCAUAAAGAUCUCCUAUAGAGGAGUCAAUUUCAAAAGUAGGAUGGUACAAGAAAAAUAGCUGGAAGUCAUAUCUUGUUUUAUAUAUAUAAUAAUAGGUUAUAAUAUGAAGUAAGGAUUCCAUUUCACACACUUUGUGAGAUUACUAAAUCUCCAUUUGAUUUUUAUCUCAGUUCUUUACAGGAUAACAAAAAAAUAAAAGAGUACAUACUGCACGGUACAGAUUCUUCAAUGCAUUCUGCUCAAAUAUUUAUCUAGAAAUUUUGACAUUUUUUUUAUAUAAUCCCAUGAUGGACUAGAAAUCAAAAGCAAUGCUGUCAAAAUUAGGAAUAGAGAAAUUCUGCUCUUGAAAAGACUGCAGCAUUCAUAGAAGGGUAUUAAAAAGUCAAAUAUUGGUUUAGAUUAUACUGAAUAAAAAGGUGCUUGGUUGUUGUUGUGAAAAUCAUUAGCAGAUAUAUUAUCAUGUAAAUUCAUAUGUUAAAUGAUGUUGUAUUUUGAUCUCUUUAUAACCAAUAAAUUUGAAAUUGUCAUGAAAAAAAAAUCAUGUCUUAUUGUACUUGAUUUAUUUUAUAUUGCAUCAUUCACUAUCACCAACAUAAUAUUAAACCUUGAUUUUUUAAGAUAUUUAUAUACACUUUGAUACCCUUUAUUGGAAGAAUUAGAAUCAUACCUUUGGUUUUUCAAUGGAUGUUGGUCUAUAUGGAAAUCCUACUACAUCUGCUUUUUCAAUGAAACUAGAUGUAUUAUUACUGAGUCCUUAAAGACAGUUAGAAAAAUUCUUUGGUUUUAUAACUAUUAUUUCUCCAACCAUCAAGACUUCUCAAUUAAUAUUUAUUUUUAAUCUCAGGGUUACUAGAGUUUAUUUACUUUUCAUAUUAAACACGUUAACAUUCUUGUUAAUUGAUCUGGUCUGUAGUUAUUCCCCUUAGUUUUGAGUUAUCUCCCUUUUGAACAUCGAUUACAUUCAUUCAGGUAUUAUGCCUUUCUUAUGGAUUGUUUAUAACUGUUACAGGGUCAAGUUUUUGUUGUUUGUUGUAUUAUAUAUCACACAUGUUGUAGAUAUUAUCACUAAUGAAAUUUUAUGAUAUAUUAGUUGUUAUAUGAAGAAGUCUUUCUCAUCUGAAGAAUUUAUACUGAAACAAGACAAGUUAAAAGUACACUAAACUCUAUGACAAUUUAUUUACUAUUUUAAUCAUAUUUUCCCUUAUUUAUUGACCAAAAAGCUUGAAUUUCAAUACCUAUUUCCUUCUUCUGAAAAUCAAAGUAAGAAGUUUGCUUCAUUUUUCAAGUAAAUUGUAUAAAUGAAAAUUACUACUUCACAAAAGAAAUGAAUAUGAAAAAAACUUUCAGCACUUUUUUGUAUUAAAAAAUCAGCAGGUUGGGAAUAAAUUGAAGAAAAAAUAUUUUGUUAGUUUUAGUUUUGCUAUUGUUUUGCUAACUUGCUUAUAAAGUUUAAGCCUUUUUUUUCCCAUGUUUGUCUAGUGUGUUUUUUCUGUGAUAUCAAAACUAUCAAGGGCUUCUUUAUUUUCUCCAUAAUUUAUGUACCAUUAAAGACUGUUCUUGUUUCGUUGACUAUUUUAUAUUAAAGUAGUGAUAGAUUUAUGUUCAAGCUUUAUUUAUAAAGGUACUAAUAUUAUUAUAAGAAGAUUUUUUUGUACAAAGUUGAUUUGAAUUAACAAACCAUUCGUUAAAAGUGAAUUUUAGACAUGCAGUGUACACAGCUUUUGUUUUGUGAUGAGUUUUUUUUAAUUAAAAUUUUAUGUCAGUC